CCACUAGAACAGGGGUCUUCAAACUUGGUUCUUUUAUGACUUGUGGACUUCAAUUCCCAGAAUUCCUCAGCCAGCAUGUUUGAUGACCCCUGCACUAGAACAAACUGACUCUCAUUUUGCCACUCUUCUAUUUUACUUUUUGACUGAUUUUGUUGGUUUUCUUUUAGCGUAGUCUAUUUUUUUGUGUGCCAGUUCUUAUUCAUAAUGAAAUAUAUGUUGCCUAUGUGUCAUUUUCUCAUUGGGUAGGAUUUUGCUUGUCUUUGAACUUCAUCAGUUUGAUUUUGAAUUUAUUUUUUCUUACAAACAAGUAAAAGUAAAAAACAAAACUAGAUUCAAAAGAAGCCCUCACUUCAGCUGUUUCGGGUAAGUUAUAUCCCUGUUAGCAUAAUUUGGAAUUAUUUUUAAAUUGGUUAAAAUGACAGUUUUAGCCAUUUCACAAAUGAGCAAAUCCAUUAUGUGUUUUGUUGUAAGCUCUAUAUGUAUUCUGAAAUUGUCCACUAGAUUUAAAUUUUAGAAAUCUUCAAAUAUGAAUGUGCAAGAAACUGUUGAAUUAUAAGUAGGAUAGAGGUUCUGGAGAAUAUGACAUUAUGUAUGAACUACAUAAAUAUUUUCAGACAUCUGUACAUUGAAAACAUUUCUAGGAAACAUCUGUUGCUAGGGAGAGAAUAAUCACUAGGGACUAAGACUGGUUGAUGUGAUCUCAUUUUCACAAUGAACCAGGCUUAAUUAUCACUCAUAAAAAAAUAUUUGAGUGUGAUAUUUUACAAGGGUGAUACAGCAAAAAAAAAAAACCUCUCUUAUUCUUUUCUCGUACUAUUGUCCUCUCAGGAAAAAUACAGACUUGUAUCAGACUUGGAUAUUUUUCUAUUAUAGCUGAGUGGACAAAAAUUCUAGAAUGAUUCAACUACAUCUUUGCUUGAUGGUUAUAGUUGGCUUGAAAUUGCAGGGAAUCUGUGUUUAGUGGGUUCUCAUUAAAUUGAAAUAUCGAACAUUUUUAUUAUUGAUAUUCUUCAACAUGUUAAUGACUUAGAUGAAGACAGAAUGCUUAUCAGAUUUCAUGCAAAAAUUAAUGGGCUAGCUAUUACUCUAGAAAGCAACAACAGCCACAACAGAAAUUUAAAACAAUCCAGUCCUAAAAGAAAUAAGCUGAAAAUUACUGAAUGAAAUUAAAUAUAGACAGGUGCACUUUUUCACUUAGGAAAUAGAAAUCAAAAUACAUACAUACUGAAUUCAGGUUACCUGCCUGAAUGGCAUUACAUGUGAAGAUGAUCUGAGAAUAGCAGUUAACUGCAAACAAUGUGAGUCAGCAAUGUGAUAUAGCUGCAGAACAAGACAAACGCCAUUUUUUUCUACAUUGGUCAAACCCCAUUUUCAGCAAUGUGUCAAUUUAAGAAAACACAUUUUAAGAAGGAUUCAGAUCAACUGGACAGGUCAAGGGAAGAUCACAAGGAUGAUAAGAGGGUAAAAAAAAAUACUGCAAGAAGAUACGGAAGGAACUGGAAAUAUUUAAGACUUUAGACUUGUGGGGGAAGGGAAUAUGGUGGCAUUCUUUGAGUCCCAGAAAGGAUGUCACACAGAAAGUCAAAGCUGUUCUUUGUCAUUUAAGAGUGCAAGGUAGAAAUAAUUUAAGUUGCAGGAAGAACUGACUGAAUUAUUAGAAAUUACGUCUUAACAUUAAGAGAGUUUAAAAGUACUUAAAGAAGAGGUAGAGACUGUAACAUUACAUGAUUUUUUUAACUUUGGAUUUUUAUACCAAGUACAGACAUGAUUGUCUAAAUGGCUCCUGCUGUGAUUUUAUGAUUGUUUGAGUCAUGCUCUUAUCAUGAUUUCUUUAUAGAACAAUAUCCCAGUGAGGAUGACAACCCUACUCUUUUUUUACUACCUGCUUUUCGUAACCAGGCACUGCCUGGGUGCAUAUGGAAUGAAACACACAGAAGUCUUGGAUAAAAUGAUCUCUGAGCAGAUCCUUGCUCUCUGGAAAUAUUGACAGUUAACAACUGGAGAGAGACAAGUUGGUUAUUGGAUUCUACUUAAAAUGGAAGUUGACAUUAAUGGAGAGGCCAGAUCUAUGCUAGCCCCUCUCCCCUUGCCUAUUGCUGAAGUGAGUGCUGCAAGCAAAACAGACGAGAAACCUCGCUGCUCCAGCACCCCAUGUUCACCAAUGCGCCAGACUGUUUCAGGUUACCAAAUCCUCCACAUGGAUUCUAACUUCUUGGUUGGCUUCACUACUGGAGAGGAACUCCUGAAAUUAGCCCAAAAGUGCACUGUAGAAGAACAGAAUAAUGUUGAAAUGAUAGGACCUACUUUGCGUUCCAAACAGCUUGAUUCAGGACUUUCUCGUUCUUCCCGAGUGUGCAAAGCCAGAAGCAGGUAUUACCAGCCUUAUGAGAUCCCAGCGAUCAAUGGCCGUAGAAGGCGACGGAUGCCCAGCUCAGGGGAUAAAUGCAGCAAGCCACUACCUUAUGAACCAUACAAGGCAUUUCAUGGUCCUUUACCCCUCUGCCUUUUCAAAGGUAAAAGAGCUCACUCAAAAUCCCUAGACUACCUCAAUUUAGACAGAAUGAACAUCAAGGAACCAGCUGAUACAGAAGUGCUUCAGUAUCAGCUCCAGCACCUCACGCUCAGAGGGGACCGUAUGUUUGCUAGGAACAACACAUGAAUAUAAAUCAUCCUUCAUUCACUGCAUCAAGAUUGUCUAUACAAUGUAGGCAGUCAUGCACUUAGUACCUGAUUGGAUCAGAAAAGUGUUAUUAGACAUAGGAAGCAUAGGAAGAUAAAGUGUAUGUUUGUGCAUGAGAGUGUGUGUGUGUGUGUGUGUGUGCGCGCAGAUGCGUGUGUGGAAACUACAUGGAAAUAGAAAGGAGUUCUGAAAAAUUCUGACAAGAAAUUUUUUGGGAAUACUGUAACAAAACAUGUUUUGCACAUGGAUACCUGAAAUUUAUGACAAUUUAACACUCAAAAAUUGAUGUAAUGUGAAUUUUGUUUCUGACUGAGCUUGCUGUAAGAAAUUACUCAUGGAUAAGCACUGAAAUAUAUUAUUUAAUAUUAAUCAUAUGUGCAUAUGCAAUGAGUUUUGCAUUAUAGGACAAAAUGAUUCACUAAAACCGUGUGCUCUUUAAAAUAAUCCAGUUUGCACUCAUUGUAGCUGGAUUUGCACUGGGAACAAAAGAAAAGAAAACAAUCGCUAAUGAAAUUAAGCCUCAGUACUUACAUUACUAGAGAUGACUGUUUUUAAAUGUAUAAUUGAAUUACUACUUGCAUUUCAGACUAAUUUCAGUGUAAUUUUUUAAACAAAAUCCUAAAAUGUGUUUUAAAGAAAAAAAUAUUGAAAGAAAAUCACUGACUUUAAUUUUGUAUGUUUUUUUAAAUAAUUAACACAGAAACCUUUAUAGUGUGUGAUGUAAGUAUGAAUAUAGAUAUUUGUGUGUCAGUUUGUGUGUAUACACACACACACACACAUAUACACAUACACUUGCACAAAUGCUGAAAACUGCAUUUGCAUCUGUGGUAUUCAACAUUUAGAUUUUACAGUAACUACUACAUAGGUAUGAUGAGAGGUUGUUAUGACAUUUUAGCACUGCAUUUAAACAUUCCAAUUUAUUUACAGCACUGAUCAUUACAAUAUCGUCUUGUUUUGUUUUUCUUUUAAAAAAAAUUUCAGGUUACAACUAAAUUAUUGAUUUCUUCAAAUGUACUGGUGUAAAUCAUCUCCAAACAAAUCAUAUUUUACAUUUUAAUAUUUAUUGUUACUCUUUUAAGAUAUGCUGCUUAUUACUGAAAGAGUGUGCAAUCAUGUUAUGUUCUUGAUCUGUAAAUUAUUUAGAAAUGAAAGCUUAACUCUUGUGGAUACAGUAAGGAAUGCUUAAAUUGUUUAUGAAACAAAGCCUUUUUAAAACCAUUCCUUGCAGAUUUGAUUUACUUGGAAAAGACUUGUCUCUUAAGAAUGAAUACAGAGAGCAUAUGCUUUGAAAGCAUAAGGGUUGUCUCUUCUUUGACAUCUUGUGCAAAAAUUAUGCCCAACUGGCAGUGAAUAAAUUAUGGAUCAGGUUUUUUUUAACUUGAGAAGAUGCUUGUAAUUUUUACAAGUUGCAUUGCUGUAUUAGAGUGAAAAAUGAUUUCCUAAGGAACUACUCUGCAUGGCCUUCUAGUGUAAACAGAAGAGUACUGUCCAAUGCCAAAGAAAGGAUUUUUACAUUUAUUGAUUAAGCAUAAAUAAUCAACAUUAAUUGAUUUUAUCUAUGAAGCAACAUUGACUAGAAAAUAAAAGGGUAAUAUCCCUACUUUUCUGUGGCCCUUGGUAUGUGUUGCUCUUUUAAAACCUGGAAAGAAAAUCUGCCUGAUUAUAUAUCAUUUUACAUUCUUUCCUAAAAAUGUAUGUAUAUUAUAAAUGUAUGCAUCAAUUUUAUAUAUUUUCAUAUAUAUCGUAGGCCCUGACACACAAAAGGAAUUUAGUUUCUGUUUUUCAGAAACUAUGACAUGGAAUCUACCACACAUUUAAUAUUCAGAGAACUACUAAAAUCUAAUCAUUUUUUCCUUGCCAUUGUAAUAGCAGAAACAGCUGCAUUUGCCUACAGCUCACUUUAUAAUGAGACUUCUCAGUGAUUUUCUAUUUAUCUGAGAAAGAAUUGCCCAUUAGAAAAAAAUAGCCAUGGUAUAUGCAUGAAUCUGUUCUUGUUAUAAUGUGCAAUGAAUAACUACAUUUUGGGAGAUAGAUAAUACAUAUAAGAAAAUCCUCAGAUUUGUUGUUACAAAAUUUGCUUGUAAAUGGUUGGCCUCACUUUAUGUGGCUUUUGAACUAUUUUCUUGAAAAAAAAAA